UAAGCUCUUUAUAAUGUUGAUGCUAUAAUAAGCAGGUAGAAAUCGAUUAAUGCUGAAUAUACAUUUUCUUGCAUCCAAAUCCUUUUUCUCUUUAAGAUCCGUGACCAAUUUUUGUGAGUCUAGGAAGAGGGUGAGUUCAUUGGCACACAGCAGGAAUGAAGUCCAACCUUAUGCCCUUGGGACCCCCUGUAAGCCGGGACAGAGUCAUUUCCAACUUCCCCAAGUGGUACACACCUGAGGCCUGCCUGCAGCUCAGAGAACACUUUCACGAGCAGGUUAAAAAUGCAUGCCAGCGGAGGAACACUGGGACUGUCGGGCUGAAAGUGUCAAAAGUGGUUGUAGUUGGCGAUCUCUGUGUGGGGAAAACCAGCCUUAUCAACAGGUUUUGUAAAGACACUUUUGACCGAGACUACAAAGCAACGAUAGGAGUGGAUUUUGAAAUUGAAAGAUUUGAAAUAGCUGGGAUUCCUUAUAGCCUUCAGAUUUGGGACACAGCAGGGCAAGAAAAAUUCAAAUGCAUCGCAUCGUCUUACUACAGGGGUGCCCAAGUUAUUAUAACAGCAUUUGAUCUGGCUGAUAUCCAGACCUUGGAACAUACCAAAUUUCCUCUCCGUCUCGUCACUUUGAUCACUCUUCCCCAUCUGUGUUCCAGGCAGUGGUUAGAAGAUGCAUUAAGGGAGAACGAGCCAGAUUCCAGCCUUAAAUUUCUAGUGGGAACAAAGAAAGAUUUAUUGUCAGGUGCUGUUUGUGAGAGGUCUGAAACAGAUGCCAUCCAGGUGGCCAAUGAGAUGCAGGCUGAAUACUGGUCAGUUUCAGCCAAGACAGGGGAAAACGUGAAAAAUUUUUUUUCCCGAGUCGCUGCUGUGACAUUUGAGCAAUCCGUGCUGCGGGAACUGGAGAAGAGAGGUAGCUGCCGGACUCAGAUCGGAGAAGGAAACUUCAUCAAAAUAGAAGGGAGCUCAGCGGAGAACCAGGAGAGAAGCAGCCAUGCCAGCCCCAGCUGCUGUUAGCUGGAAACUCAUUGCUGAGAGCGACAUUGAAUAACGUUGUUUUAAGACCUUCGGCAUUUCAUCUGGUUCACUUUUUAUCUUCUCCCGGAGGAAUGCAGAUCACAUUGAACAGAGGAGAAUCUAAAAGAGAGCAAAUGGCGGGAGAAAAGAAAAAUCAUUAAACGAUGAAAAAUCAAA